AUGUCUCGUCAGCUCACCACCACCGCUGUCCGCGGCCGCUGCCGGAAACGCCGCUCGUCAUCAUCGAUCUUCCGUCGUCGCCGCCAGUCCACCCCCGUCGCGUCUUCAUCCCGCGGACCAUUAAUUUCAGCAGCUCCGACCGGCCAUCUUCUACGCCGCCGUCUGGCCCAUCUCCCGCAACCCUCGUCCCGCAGCCACCGGUUGACCUUCGCCGGUCGUCGUCAACAUGACACUAUCAUCGACCACUUCGAUAUCGACAACCACGCCCGGAUGGCCGAGCUCGCCGGCGACCAUGACGCCUAUGUCCCACGCCGCUGCAACAGGCUUCAUCGGUGGCCACGACGUCGUCGUCGUGAACAUCUCUUGUUCGGCGGUGGUGUAUUUUAUGGUGGACGGCAAGUGGCAGACGGAUGGCGACGGCGGCGGUUGGCGUACGGGCGGCAGGUGGCGUACGGGCGGCGACCGGCGGUGGUGGCGGGAUCAGGCGAUGGCGGGGCGGCGCUGGGUGAGGUCGGAGACGACGGGCGGCGGCUGGGGCUGGAGAAUGCGGCGCCUGAUCGGGUAUCCGGGCACUCUUUCCGGGGAACCAAGUCCAGAUUCAGAUACUCCGCCGGUUUCUUUACGAUCGCCGUCUCGAUUUUCCUCACUGUCUCAUUUUUCUUCGCCGCCGCCUCCAAUCCCACCGAUCUCGAAUCCGGUUUAUCGUUUGGAUUUUCUGGAUCCCAGCCAUCAUCUCCUCGUAGAUCAAUUUUAGCAUUAAAGUCGGAUCCUUUGAAACCACGUUUAGAUCAGCUCCGAAAACAAGCUGACGACCACAGAAAUUUGGCCUUAGCUUAUGCUUCCUACGCACGUAAGCUGAAGCUCGAAAACUCAAAGCUCGUGAGGAUUUUCGCCGAACUCUCUCGAAAUUACACUGACCUAAUCUCGAGACCUUCAUACAGAGAGCUGUUCGAUUCUGAUGCAAACUCGAUUGACGAGUCAGUGCUGAGGCAGUUUGAGGAGGAGGUCAAGGAACGUAUUAAGCUCACCCGACAAGUGAUUGCUGAGGCCAAAGAAUCUUUCGACAACCAACUGAAAAUUCACAAGCUGAAGGACACCAUCUUUGCUCUUAAUGAACAGCUCACUAAAGCCAAAAAGCAGGGUGCUUUUUCGAGCUUGAUUGCAGCAAAGUCGAUUCCCAAGAGCCUGCACUGCCUGGCUCUGAGGUUGAUGGAGGAAAGAAUUGCUCAUCCUGAGAAGUACUCAGAUGAAGGGAAACCACUUAAACCUGAGAUAGAGGACCCAAAGCUCUAUCAUUAUGCAAUAUUUUCUGAUAAUGUGAUAGCGGCCUCAGUUGUGGUAAACUCUGCCGUUAAAAACACAAAGGAGCCGUGGAAACAUGUUUUCCAUGUUGUGACCGAUAAGAUGAAUCUCGGGGCCAUGCAGGUGAUGUUUAAGAUGAGGGAUUACAGUGGUGCCCAUAUUGAGGUGAAGGCUGUGGAGGAUUAUAAGUUUCUCAACUCCUCAUAUGUUCCGGUGCUGAAACAGCUCGAGUCUGCUAAGCUGCAGCAGUUUUACUUUGAAAAUAAGCUUGAGAAUGCAACAAAAGAUACGACAAAUAUGAAGUUCAGGAACCCAAAGUAUCUGUCGAUUUUGAACCAUCUCAGGUUUUAUUUACCGGAGAUGUAUCCUAAGCUGCACAAGAUUUUGUUCUUGGACGAUGAUAUUGUUGUUCAGAGAGACCUGACCGGGCUGUGGAAGAUAGACAUGGAUGGAAAGGUGAAUGGGGCCGUCGAGACGUGUUUUGGGUCCUUUCACCGGUAUGCACAGUAUAUGAAUUUCUCACAUCCACUAAUCAAAGCCAGGUUUAGUCCCAAGGCGUGUGCUUGGGCCUAUGGGAUGAAUUUCUUCGAUCUGGAUGCGUGGAGGAGGGAGAAGUGCACCGAGGAGUAUCACUACUGGCAGAAUCUGAAUGAGAAUCGAACACUUUGGAAACUAGGAACCCUGCCGCCAGGUCUGAUCACCUACUACUCCACGACCAAACCACUAGAUAAGUCUUGGCAUGUUUUGGGGCUUGGAUAUAACCCAAGCAUAAGCAUGGAUGAGAUCAACAACGCUGCUGUCAUACACUUCAACGGGAAUAUGAAGCCAUGGCUUGAUAUCGCUAUCUCCCAAUUCCGCCCUAUUUGGACCAAAUAUGUGGACUAUGAAAACGAAUACGUGCAGACCUGCAAUUUUGGUCUAUGA